CUCCAGCUCACCAGCCUCGCAGCUGCACCCCUGACAUCAGAUGUCUGCCGACGACGAGCACUCAUCCAAGCGCGUGCGCCCAAAUGUGGGGUCCGCGCUCCGCAAGGGCCCUCCCGGUCCCGACUUCGCCAAGGGAGUCAAGUACUGGGACGGAAUUGAGGCGAGCGUCGACGGCGUUCUCGGUGGCUUCGGAAACGGCCCCGUACCACACAUAGACCAGCUCUCCUCGCGUCUCUUCAUCCUCUCCCUGCUCCCCCAGCUCGCCACCUUCCCUAACCCGAUCACCCCGUCGCCAACUCCUCGGACUCACCGCCUCACAGCCCUUGACGUCGGCGCAGGCAUAGGACGCGUUACCAACACUGUACUCCUCCCGCUCUUCGAUGAUGUCGUGCUUGCUGAGCCCGUGGCGCACUUCAUAGGCGAGGCGCAUCGCGCCGCGUCCGCCGGCGAGUGGCGCGACAUUCCUCGGACGGGCAAGAUUCGCGACGAGGCCGAGGCUAAGGAGAAUGCGCGGAGGGUGGCCGAGUGGAACAAGGGUCGCGGCAAGCGUGUCUGGUUUGUCCAGGCCGGUCUGCAGACCUUGGACCCGGCCUUCCCGGCGCGGGGCAAUGCGACGGCCGGCUUGGUGGGGGAGGCGCGGGAGGGCGAGGGAGUGUUCGGCGAACCUGAGACGGCGGUGGAGUACGACGUUGUGUGGUGCCAGUGGUGCUUGGGACACAUGUCGCAUGCUGAGCUCGUUGCCUUUCUGCGCCGCGCCAAGGCCGCCCUGCGCGCGCCCCAGAUGGGUGAAAGCGAGGAUGCGGGCGGAGCGCCCCUCAUUGUGGUCAAGGAGAACUGCUGCGAGGACGGGCCGGGCGGGCGGGCCGACGAGUUCCUUGACGAGGAGGACUCAAGUCUCACACGGUCGAACGGCAAGUGGCUCGAGGUGUUCCACGAGGCUGGGCUGCAGGUCGUCAAGGAGGAGGUGCAGCAGGGGCUGCCGGACGAGCUGUUUGUGGUCAAGACAUGGGCGCUGCGGUAGAGUGCGUAUGACAUUGGGAUAGAAUGCAUCUUGUAAUUUGCG